UGUGUUUCUCAUUGGCCAGGUAUUGAGUGUCCGCGCGGCUCCAGGAACAUGCCCGGCGGCAUGCAGGUGGCUGAGCCCUUCAGCGACGAGGCCAUGGCCUUCACCAAGGAGCUGGUACUACAGAGAGAGGUGGAGGUGGAAGUAGAGAGUAUGGACAAGGCUGGUAACUUCAUCGGCUGGCUUCACAUCGAGGGGGUCAACCUGUCGGUGGCGCUGGUAGAGAACGCCCUAUCGAAGGUCCACUUCACGGCCGAGCGUAGCUCCUACUACAAGACCCUGGUAUCCGGAGAGGAGGCCUCUCGUCUCAGGAAAGACAAGAUCUGGGCCAACUAUGAGGAGAAGAAGGUAGAGGAGGUGGUGCACGUGAUGGAGGAGAAAGAGCGCACAGCCAACUACAGAGCUGUAUAUGUCACUGAGAUCACGGACACCAUGCACUUCUACACCCAGGACGUGGAGACAGGCACCCAGCUGGAGAACCUGAUGGAGACCAUGAGGGCAGAGAUCGCCGCCCAGCCCCCAGUGGAGGGCUCGUACGCUGCCCGCCGAGGGGACUACUGCAUUGCCAAUUUCUCCUCCGACGGAGAGUGGUACAGAGCCCGGGUGGAGAAAGUUCAAUCGCCAGCAAAGGUCCAUGUGUUCUACAUUGACUAUGGCAACAGGGAGAUAGUGCCGUCCACGCGCCUGGCUGUCAUUCCCCCGGCCUUCAGCACUCGGGCCCUGGCUGCACAAGCCACUGAGUACACCUUCGCCUACAUCCAGAUCCCACAAGACGAGGAUGCGCGUGCUGACGUGGUGGACAGCCUGGUGCGGGACAUCCAGAACACCCAGUGUCUCCUCAACGUGGAGCACAGCGGCGUCACCUGCCCCCACGUCACACUGCAGUUCGCCGACUCCAAGGACGACGUGGGCCUCAGCCUGGUCAAGGAGGGCAUGGUCAUGGUGGACGUGCGGAAAGAGAAGCACCUGCAGAAAAUGGUGACGGAGUAUCUCAACGGUCAGGAGUCUGCCAAGACUGCCAGGCUCAACAUCUGGCGCUACGGAGACUUCCGCGACGACGACGCAGACGAGUUUGGCUACAAACUAAAAAAAUGAAACGCGCACAGCGCCAUUCCAAAGACCAACGCGGAAGACGAGAUGCACUCAUUGGACGAGAAAAAGUGACAGAAAACGAUUCAACGAAAAUAAAACAAAGUAAAGGACAAGCAUUGUCUCUCUCUUCCUUUUAUUCCAUGUUCAUCCUCCUCCUCCUCUCUCCUGCUACUCUGCACAUCCCUUCCUCCUCCUCCUCCUCUCUCCUGCUACUCUGCACAUCCCUUCCUCCUCCUCCUCCUCUCUCCUGCUACUCUGCACAUCCCUUCCUCCUCCUCCUCCUCUCUCCUGCUACUCUGCACAUCCCUUCCUCCUCCUCCUCUCCUGCUACUCUGCACAUCCCUUCCUCCUCCUCCUCCUCUCUCCUGCUACUCUGCACAUCCCUUCCUCCUCCUCUCUCCUGCUACUCUGCACAUCCCUUCCUCCUCCUCCUCCCUCCGGACUCUGAAAGAGUACACUAUAGCUAUGAACUCAUAAAAACAGUGACUGUCCAAGCCUUCCUCUUCUCCACCCUUCCUGAGCCACUACCAGUUGUUCUUAUCAUGUUUCCCCCGCUGCAGAGCUCUGUUAAUUACCAUGUCAUCCUUUCCUGAUUAGUGAUGUCAUACGCCCACACUAAUCAUGCGCAUCGCUACCUUACCCUAUCCCUACCACAGCCAAUCCCUCCUAUCCGUUGUACAGGAAAGGGGCCUUGAGAAGAGGAUCCAUUCACUUUUAUUAUUAACAGCUUUUUGCAGAGAGAACCGCUUCCUUAAUGAAUGAUGCUAUGUUUUAUGAAGUUAAUUUUAAAAAGCUAGCUCGAGAUCCACACCAACCGGACGAGCUUAUUUCUGUCCUUGAUGUAUACCUAUGUGAUAUGACAUUUAAUGACGUUUAUGUUGGGAGUGUUUUAUUCUCGUCUUCUUCUCUCUCUCUCGUGGCCAGAACACCUUGACAAACAGCAUUUUCUCAUCUUCCUCCUUCUGUAAUGUUUACAUAUGAUAGUGACAUGAUGUUCUCUCUCUCUCUCUCUCUGUCUCUGUCUCUGUAUGCCGUAGCAGAAACAGUGUUUGAAUUUGUUUCCUUAUGACAGCCCUUGUCGUUGUAUUAAAAAAUUCUGCUGAAUAAAAAUGAGCAAAUGAUUAAAAAGAA